ACGUGGCAAGAAGAAUACCAGCCCUUACAGCACAUACAACCUAGUUGGUACGAUAAACUGACCCAAACUAUAACACUAAAAGAACUUGAGCUAACAAUUAAUGAAGCUCUUACAAAUAAGGCCCCCGGACCUCAACAACUAA